AGAAAAAAGAGGUCGGAUUGGAGGCGUUUCGGGGCAUUUUUCCUUUGAGUGACACGCAGAGAGGGCUAGUUGCCGAUGUUGCUGUGGUGUGCGAGGGGAGGGUGGCUCCGUGGAGGAGCUGGCGCGACGUGGAAGAGGAGAUUCACCGGUUGGAGGGCUGACAGGCGUCUGACGACGAGGAUUGAGGUGGAGAGUGAGGGGGGAAGGGUUGAAGAGGUGGAGGGGUGGUACCCUAGGUACAUAGACUUGGUGUCUAUUUCGGAGAGGUUGGUUGCGGGUCGUUUUCACGCCGUUGUGAGGAGGUGCAGGGAGGUGUUGAAGAGCUACGAGGGGGAUGUGGAGAAUUGCAUGAGGGGGAGGUGCAUGAGAGAGGGGGUUGACCAGGAUCAGUUGAAGAAGGAGUUGGUGCAGGUUUGUUGUUUUAUGAGUGAUGCGUACAUGAAUUUGAGCAAGAAGGAGAAGGCGUUGGAGGCGGCGGAGACGGCCGCUUUGAUUUUGCCGAGUUUUUCGACAUAUUACGAGUUGGCGGAUCACAAUCUUUUGGUUGGGAGGUACGAGAGGGCGUUGAGUUCGGUGAACAAGGCGAUUCGGUUGGCGCCGCCAUCAGAAGCGGACUCGUUGGUUUUGAAGGCGCGGAUAUUGUUUGAGUUGGGAAGGAGGGAGGACGAGGAGGUGCCUCGGCUAUGCGACAUGACGAUAGCGAGGGAUCCGUACGCGAUCGACGCGUUUACGUUGAAGGCGCAGUGGCAGGCGUUUCACGGCCGAUACACCGAGGCGGUGAGGACGUUGGACCGCGCGAUCAUUCGGUGCGGACACGUUUGGUACGCGGUGGAGUACAAGGUGAAGUAUUUGAUGGUUUUGAAGAAGGAGGGGUUGGCGAUGAAGGCGAUGAAGCGGUGCGUGUUUGAGAACUCGGACGACGAGGGCGUUGCGUGGGAGGGGGUCAUGUUGGCGGUGAGGAUAGGAGAUUGGUCGUCCGUGGUGGGUUUGAUGGAGAAGAUAGUCGUUCGUUUUGAGAAGGGGCGCUUGGACUUGUGUUACGCAUACAUACAGGCGGGGGAUCGCGAGAAGGUGGUGUCGGCGUUGAGGAGUGCCAGGGAGAGUGGGGAGGUAGAGGCGCGUCUUCAUGACCUCGACGUUGAGGGGUUAGAAAGGUUGUUUGCUUCGAAAGCUUCAAAAUAA